UGUGGAAGUGAGAGAUGGUAGGGCCAGUGAGGCCUCAAUUUGUGCUGUUUGGUUCAUCCAUAGUUCAGUUCAGUUAUAGCAAUGAAGGUUGGGGUGCCAUUCUUGCCGACUUGUAUUCUCGCAAGGCAGAUAUCAUUUUGCGAGGAUAUGCUGGUUGGAAUUCAAGGCGAGCUUUGCAAGUUCUAGAUAAAAUAUUUCCCAAGGAUGCUACUAUUCAGCCAUCUUUGGUAAUUGUGUACUUCGGGGGUAAUGAUUCCACUCAUCCAGAUCCAUUCGGCCUUGGUCUUCAUGUACCCCUCCAAGAAUACAUUGAAAAUAUGAGGAAGAUUGUUACCCAUCUUAAGAGCCUUUCAAAGAAGACUCGCAUAAUACUUCUCAGUUCUCCUCCCAUCAAUGAGGCACAAAUGCAUGAAACAUUCAGCAAAAUAUUAGGGCAAUUGAAAAGGACAAAUGAAUCUUGUCAUAUAUAUUCAGAAGCAUGUUUGGAGCUAUGUCAUGAGAUGAAUGUCAAGGCUAUUGAUCUUUGGUCUACACUCCAACAAAGGCAUGAUUGGUUAGAUGUUUGCUUCACGGAUGGAAUUCAUUUGUCAUCUGAGGGGAACAAGAUAGUGGCAAAAGAGAUAUUGAAGGUUCUUGGAGAAGCUGACUGGGAACCUAGUCUUAACUGGAAGUCAAUGCCAAUUGAAUUUGCAGAAGAAUCACCAUAUGAUCCAAUUGGUGCAGAUGAAGAAAAGACUAAUAUAUAUGUCUCUAAUUGUAGCUUCCAUGGAAGUUCUCAACUGGAAUAGAGUUUUUGUACAUUUUCAAACUACCAAAACCUUCAUAAUUUGAAGAGCCAUGAGUCACAAACUAG